AUGCCAUUGCCACCUUGUACUCGGUACACAACAGGUGGUUGGUUCCACAUCCAUCCGUCCACUGUCCACAUUCCAUCAGCAAGCAAGCAACCACCAAAGCCAGCUCGCUGGUCCACCUCCCCAAUUGACCUCGCAAAAGAAACUCAAUGGCAGAGCGAGGGCUUGCACACGGCUGCUGCUGCGGCUGCUGCUCCAUGGCUGCUCCCGAAGUAG